AUGAAGUCUAGUGCAUGCAAAGCUCAACGUCCUCAUGGAACCAAGCAUAGACAACUUGGAGAAGGCGUUAGACCUCCUAUCUCCCGUAUACCUCGUAUUGCAAGUUCGGAAGUGACGUUGCGGUUUCUUGUAGCUCGUGCGAUUCCACACUGGCGUGUCAUCUUGAAUAUUUCUGGAGACAGAUAUAUCUUGACCAAUAUUGUCGGGAACGCCGACGCCGCGGACUCUUCGAUGGUCGCAUGUUCCGCGGAACAGUUUUUCUACGGUGUCAUAGACGUCGUUGAGUGGGUGGCGUCUUCUCGCCUUGGCCAGUCCGGUGACUUCAUGCCUUAA